AUGCAGAUCUUUGUGAAGACCCUCACUGGCAAGACUAUCACCUUAGAGUUGAGGCCCAGCGACAGUAUUGAGAAUGUGAAGGCUAGAUCCCAGGGACAAGGAAGGUAUUCCCCCGACCAGCAGAGGCUAAUCUUAUGCGCAAGCAGCUUUGAGGAUGGGUCCGCAGCCCUGCUCCGCUACAACAUCCAGAAGGAGUCACCCUGCCACCUUGUUCCUGCGUCUCAGGGAGGCAUGCAGAUCUUUGUGAAGACCCUCACCGGCAAGAGCAUCACCCUGGAGGUUGAGGCAAGUGACACCAUUGAGAACGUGAAAGCAAGAUCCAGACAAGGAGGCAUUCCCCCCGACCAGCAGAGUGCUGAUCUUUGCCGGCAAGCAGCUUGCAAGGACUGGCCGCACACUCUUCCGACUAACAACAUCAGAAGAGUCGGACCCUCCACCUUGGUCCUGCGGCAAGUGACUCCAUUUGAGAAUGUGAAGGCUAAUGAUCCAGGACAAGGAAGGGGCAUUCCCCCCGACCAGCAGAGGCUGAUCUUUGCUGGGCAAAGCUUUGAGGAUGGCCGCACACUCUCCGGACUACACAUUCCAGAAGGGUCGACCCUCCAAUUGUCCCUGCGUCUCAGGGGAGGCAUGCAGAUCUUUGUGAAGACCCUCACCGGCAAGACCAUCACCCUGGAGGUUGAGGCAAGUGACUCCAUUGAGAAUGUGAAGGCCAAGAUCCAGGACAAGGAAGGCAUUCCCGCCCGACCAAGCAGAGGCUGGAUCUUUGCUGGUAAGCAGCUGAGGAUGGUCGCGACACUCUCCGACUACAACAUCCAGACAGGAGUCGACCUCCUUGUCCUUCGUCUGAGGGGAGGUAUGCAGAUUCCUUCGUUAAGCACCCUCACUGGCAAGGACCAUCACCCUUGAGUUGAGGCAAGUGACAUCCAUUGAGAAUGUGAAGGCAAGAUCCAGGACAAGGAAGGCUUCCCCCGACCGCAGAGGCUGAUCUUUGCCGGCAAGCAGCUUGAGGAUGGCCGCACCCUCUCCGACUACAACAUCCAGAAGGAGUCAACCCUCCACCUUGUCCUGCGUCUCAGAGGAGGUAUGCAGAUCUUUGUGAAGACUCUCACUGGCAAGACCAUCACCCUGGAGGUUGAGCCCAGCGACACCAUUGAGAAUGUCAAAGCUAAGAUCCAGGAUAAAGAAGGCAUUCCCCCUGACCAGCAGAGGCUGAUCUUUGCUGGAAAGCAGCUGGAGGAUGGCCGCACUCUCUCUGACUACAACAUCCAGAAAGAGUCCACCCUCCAUCUCGUCCUGCGUCUGAGGGGCGGGCAAUAAGUAAUUAUAUGGUGAAGAGAUUUAAAUGACAACCUAACCCAAUAAACGAUGAGAGAAUAAA